UGAGGUCUGACACACGGCUAAGAAAAUACGUAGUAUCUAGCUAUAGAUAGCUAUAUAUCAAUAUAUAUAUCUAGCCUGUCUGCACAAUAUCACACAACAUAUCAGCCUACAACAUGUCCCGAGACAACCUAGAUAACGAGACUCUUCUCUCUCAGACACAGAGAGAGGGCAGCCACGAUGUGCUUCCCCCCGUCUAUGGCAACAGCCAUGAUAUGGAAGGCCUCGAAGAGGAGUUCAAGAGCUUUAACGACUCGAAUGUGAGGCUGGGGUUCAUCCGCAAAGUGUACUCGCUGCUGUUUUGCCAGUUGAUCUGCACCACGGGCGUAGUUGCGGGCUUCCUCUAUGUGCCCAAUGCGCAGAACUUCGUACAAUCAAAUCCAUGGUAUGUAUCGCUGUUACCGUUGUAGGGACUAUUAUAGUACCGUCCGUGAUUAUUAAAAACUGGGGUUUAUGCAAUUUUCUUUGAAUUUUCCUUGGUUUUUGAUCUUGGUACGGGAGAA